AUGGCCGAAGAAAAUACUACCUCUGAAGACGGAUCUCCUCUUAUUGGAGACUCCAAUCGCCAAAAGAACCAUGGCCGUCUCUUCUGGAUGGAGAUGAGCUGGCGCUUUGCUCUCGGGCUCCUUUUUAACAUCUUCAUCGUACUUAUCCUAUACACAUUCUCUCAAAAGGGCAACCUCAGUCACUGGGAGAAGCGCUGGUUCAAUGUACUCACCAUUUCAUUCUCCUCGCUUGUCAGCUUGAUGUUGGGUUCGUUGUUAGGCCUAUUGGGGAGUAUGCUCCGCUGGCAGUUGUUAGCGCGCAAGUUGCAUAAUCCGAUGGAUGUAAGGUCCUGGCACAUAUGUAGGAGAGACACAGCACGCUAACACUAUAUUGUAGGUUGAUUUGAUACUGGGGAUAGCCAACCCCACUGGGGCGUUCAAACUGAUCUACCACCAUACGAAGGAUUGGAAGUGGUCCGCCACGACCGUGGUGGUCGUGAUAUACCUAUUCAUUAAUAUCGUCGGCCGGCUAAGUGUGGCGACGUUUGGAUUGACGUAUGAUUUGAAUGAGCUUCCUGGACUCAAGUAUCCGGUCAAGCUCACAGAUUGGAGCACGCCCGUAUGGUUCAACGUGUCUGCAGACGGGUAUGACCUUUUAUCACAGACCGCUAGUAAGUGCAAGCGUUUAUUCGUACGGACGUUCGGACUAAAUGAUGUUCAACAGGACGGAUGAGUGAUUAUGCGGCAGUUGGAAUGUCAUCAGUUCUCACUGAAUUCGACUCGACGAACCCAGCAAUCACCUUAACCAACUCAAGUGGACAGGGCCUAGAUCGGAAGGUCGAGGGAGAUAAAGUCAUAUAUUCUUACUCCUUGAAAGAGUAUCAGGGCCUUGAUGUGCAUCCAGCACGGGAUAAGGUACUUCAUAGUUCAUCAUCAUGUGUUGGACGGACCAUGUUGGGGUCAAACAUUUUCGAGGACGGAAAACUGGUCGGUAACGUCGGUAAGUCGUCCCACCUGCCAAGGAAGGGGAGCCCGCCCCAGCGAUUAACCAAUGUGAUUAGAUAAAGUGGAUGAGAGCAGUCCGGAUUUUCUCAAGGUUUUGAUGGGGCUGUUUACCUUCUAUGAUGAGGCUGAGAUCGAUUACAUCUGGAUCAAUAAACUAAAUUACAGCCAGUUAUCUAGCCCAGCAGCAUGUGCCACAACAUGUAAGUAUAGCCAAACCAACUACUCGUAUCCAAGACUGACCAAAUCACCUCAAGACCUCUACUCAGAAGUCUGGCAAAGCUACAAAGACAAGCACGACCGCAAUGCUACUUUCUUCGAGUGCAGGACCUGCCUAACCGAUACCAACAAUAACCCGGGCAUCGGCGAUGACAUCCUCUUCCGCCAACCCUCUGAAAACUCAUCCCUCGUCGCUGGCCACCUCCUCCGCUUCGGCACCUUCGAGCGUGUCUUUGGGGGCUACGACUCGAAGGGCACCCAAUUAGCUAUCCGCUUGUACUCCAGUAUGAACAAAAACUCGCACUUCUUGAACAAUAUGAGGAAUGAGCUCCACACCGGCGCAACGGGAGAUGCGCCUCACGUCGAGGUCCCAGUGGAAGCCGAACUCUACGCCGCACACCUCGCUGCCCGCCUCCCACUCCUCGCUAUCAUUGGCGCUGACAGCCAGCUCCCGAAAGUAACGCGGGAAAAAGGCGCGUCAGAGCAACCAUUCAUCUCCGUCGCGCUGGAGGUAAAAUGGACCCGAACCAUCGCGGUCCUUGUCUCCAUCCUUAUCGGCCAGCUCCUCGCCGUCGCUGUCGUGAAAUUCAUGUGCCGGAACGUCUUCCUACGUGACCACGAUAGCUUUUUGUCGCUCGCCCGAAUCUUGAAGACGAGCAUGGAGAAGGUGGAGGGACUGAGUGCGGGUAAUGGGAAGGAUUUGGCGACGUUCUUGGAUGGGGAGGGUGUGAGGAUGAGGUAUGGGACUAGGGCUAGGGAGGAUUAUCUGGAGGUUGAUCUUUGGGAUGAUGUGCAGAAUUGGUUUCCGGACUCCCUGUAUGCGUAG